GUCGCAGUUAAUUGUUAGUUAAAACAUUCAUUUGCGCUUUGAAUAGAGAAAGAAGAUAUGUUAACUUGAGUUUACAAGUUGAGCUAAUAUGCUUUUCUACUGCGUUUACAUGAUCUUUUUCUGUGUGGAGGUCAGUGCAACACCUAUCAAGCACACCUCAGACUUUAAAUUUGCAAAUUGCACGGAAGAUGAGUCAAACAAGAUCGUUUGUGACCCAGCAGACCUGAAAGAAGCAGAUAAUGAAGAGUUUAUCAGUGAGUGGCCAUCUGGACCAUAUGUACUUCCAAUGUCAAUCCACGGAUGUCCGGAGUCAUGGAAACAAGGUUGGGAAGAAGGUGUUUUGUCAAUAACAUGGGCGUCACAACUCAAAGUAUUUACCCAAAACUCCUCGUCAUCUGCCAAUGAUUCUACAAAUGGAAGCAAAGCCAUAUUCCAUGAUGUUACAACAACUAAAUGGCCAGAGUUCCAAACCUACGUAUUUGGUCCGUUUGAUGAUAAGACAUUCAAACUAAAGUUUUGCUUUAAACGUCGAAGCGCCCGUUUGAACGAUACAAUAGAAUGGCCAGAGAAGGAAUUUAGCAUAUAUGGUACAAAUGAAACUUGUCCCAAAGGUUUCAUACGGAAGAAUCUCAAUAUAACUCUUCCUGCAAUAUCGUACUGGUAUACAGAUGGAUACACACCCGACAUUCAAAUAGAGCAAGAUACAAAUUCCGCAAAUUUGAAAAUACUUCUAUGUUCGAGGAUGAAGUCCAUGCGGUUUUUGAAUGAAAGGGGACUUUAA